CAACAUCCACCGUUUGCAGUUCGCUUUCAACAAUGCCUGCGCGGACUGAUGACGUAGAUGUCACAUGGAGGGUGGAACUCUGAGCCUGCUGGAAAAGGCCAAGUACUGCCAUCCCCUGAUUUUGGCCAACUGGACAGGCAGGAGGUCGGAUCCGUCCUCCAACACAGUGCAGCACCACACAGAGGCUUAGUAGAAACAGACAGUCCCAACUUCCUGUGCAGCAGCCUUCCCCAGCACUGGAGGUGUAACAAGACGCUGCCGGGGGCCUUCACGGUAGUUGCCCUUGGCAAUGACGUGCCAGACGGAGUGGUCGUCAUAGUGAUGGCGGGCAAUGAUGACAACUGCAGCGCUGAACUACGCAAUGCCACAGCAACCAUGAAACAAGGCUCCGCCCACUUCAACGACCUCCGCUUCAUCGGCCGCAGCGGCAGAGGGAAGAGCUUCUCUCUUUCCAUAAAUGUGCUGACCUCCCCUCCUCAGAUCGCCACUCUUCAUCGUGCCAUCAAGGUCACUGUAGAUGGACCUCGGCUGCCAAGACGACAGAGACAGAAAGAGCUGAAGUCAGAGGGGUUCAGGCCUUCAAGCAGCAGAAGCUCCACCUUGUCAGACUGCAGAUCCCUCUCUUCCCUCUGGACAAAUGAAAUGCCUCUUCUGAGUCACAUGACCUCUCUGCCAUCAUCCUUCACUACGUCUCCCAGAAUCCAUCACCUGCCCCCCCUGACUUACUGUGCUCCCCCUCCUCCGUACAGUUCCUGCAUGACCUCUCCUCCUUCUGCUCCUCCUCCUGUGAGCCACUGCUCCUCCUUCCAGCCGUGCCGCUUCUUCUAUGGGUCCAACCAGAACCAGAAGACGGACCAGAACUCAUCGCUACAAGGUGCAGCCGAGGACUGCAGAUCUGCGUCUGUUUUAACCAACUACAUAGAUGGGACAUUUUUUUCAGUUAGAGGGGAGGAGCUUGUCUGGAGACCCUAUUGAUACGACCCCACCCCACCCCCACCCCCAGAUGACAUUGCAAUGGGUCUUUAACUCAUAGAUGUUUACUCACAUAUACUGUCAUAGCAGUCAUUUUGUGUCAAUGUUUUCACUGAUGUUCCAAAAGUCCGCCAUGUUGGAUGCAUGAACCCACAGGAAAUGAACCAAACCUUCCAAAAAAAAAGUCCUAUUUUAAAACAAACAAAGCAACAGUGCGCUGAGAGCUUGUUGCCCUGGUUACGCCUUUCCUCCCUUUGAUUGGACUGACCAUUUAAAGGCCCCUCUUUCCCUCCCUGCACCGCGCGAACUCAGACACACACACACUCCUCCCACAACACUCGUUAGCCCAAGCUUUAAGCAGAAACACUAACAGUGUCAUUCUUUUUACACUACAAAAACUAUUUGAACUGCUGAAUGGCAGCCAAAUGUGGUCAUUUUUAUUUUUUUUAAAUUAGUUAACAAAUUGACAAGACAAUUUUUGGAUGCAAAAAAACUUGUGAUUUUGCCCUUGAGACGAUAAAACUCAUUUUUUGGUUUUUGAUUGGCCGGUGUUUUUGUAGGCAUGACUGCAUGUCUUGCUAGCAAAAGCAGUGAAGGUAAAAGGGGUGUGUGGAUGUUUUUUUUAUUUGACAAACGUGCAAAACGUUUGAGGUAAAAUAAUCUUUUCAUGUAGUACAAUCCCAGAUAUUCAGAAUGAUACAGUUUCAGAUAAAAGGAACUUCUCCAGCUCUAUCUGACUUGAUCAAAUCAGUGAUGCCCUCCAAGCCACAGAAUCUCAGGUUUCCACCAGACGUUUCUUUUGCAAGUCUUUAAUCUUUAAAUGAUAUCUUUUUUGAACGGCCUUUUCUUAAACAUUCCAGAGUAAACUGUUUCCACAUAUGUGAUAACAUAUUACCUUUGGCACACUAAGGAAAAAAUUAUUGAUGAAAUAUGAGUUAUUUUCAUAAACUCUUUUCAUGCCUGGAAGUAAGAUAACUCGAUCUCUGAGGCUCCGCCUUUCACUCAUUGUGGGUGCCGCCCAUUUCCAGACGUCAACCUAGAGGCGGACCCGGCAGCGUGUCUGUGUUUCUUCUAGGGCU